UCCCAGUUCAAAGCUACCACGACCCGUUAACCCAUCCCAACGCUUCCUUUACCCCUUCUCUCUUUCGCUUCUUCCGUUCGCACAGUCGCGGCGAGGGUGAUCGUAGGCGCCGGCGGCGGCGGAAGCCGAAAGGUUAUAAGAUACUUCCUUGCACUUUUCUCAAAGUGAAAGGUCUCUAUGGCUGGCUUCUUCUAUCCUGGGGAGUCAUCACAUCAUGGAGCAGCGAAAAGUGGAUCAUACAAUAGUUCUUACGAUAAGUGGGAGGAACUUGAUUGUUCUGGGACUGGAUGGUAUUUCUUACGCAAGGAAAUUGAAGAAAAUUCUCCAUCUAGGAGAGAUGGCAUUGAUCUGAAGAAAGAGACAUAUCUUCGGAAGUCAUAUUGCACGUUUUUGCAGGAUUUAGGCAUGAGACUUAAAGUGCCUCAGGUGACAAUAGCUACUGCAAUAGUAUUUUGUCACCGCUUCUUCCUUCGCCAAUCUCAUGCAAAGAAUGACAGGAGGACCAUUGCAACUGUCUGCAUGUUUCUUGCCGGAAAGGUUGAAGAAACCCCUCGCCCACUGAAAGAUGUCAUACUUGUUUCAUAUGAAAUUAUGCAUAAAAAGGACCCUUCAGCUGUCCAGAAAAUCAAGCAGAAGGAAGUAUAUGAACAGCAGAAGGAGCUCAUUUUAUUGGGGGAACGGGUUGUUCUUGCCACACUUGGUUUUGAUCUGAAUGUGCACCAUCCUUAUAAACCCCUUGUUGAAGCAAUCAAAAGAUUCAAAGUGGCACAGAAUGCUCUUGCUCAAGUUGCAUGGAAUUUUGUAAAUGAUGGACUGCGGACAUCGCUCUGCCUGCAAUUUAAGCCCCAUCAUGUAGCAGCUGGUGCCGUCUUUCUUGCUGCUAAGUUUCUUAAAGUGAAGUUGCCGUCUGAUGGUGAUAAGGUCUGGUGGCAAGAAUUUGAUGUCACCCCACGGCAGUUGGAAGAUGUUAGCAAUCAGAUGUUGGAGCUCUAUGAGCAAAAUCGUACGGGGCAACCUUCUCAUGUCAAUGAAGUAGAAGGAAGCACAGGUGGUGGGACUAACCAGCAUGCACCAACAACCUCAACUGUUAGUGAGAGCUCGGUAUCAGUAAAUGGGCCUGCUCAAGAUGCUGGAGGUGUUAAUUUCAAGCAAGGAGGACAACCUCAACCACCUGCUAGGCCUGUGGGGUCCCACUCGCAUGCUGAUAAUUAUCGUACUGGGUUUCAGAGUACACAAAAAAGUAAUGACAAUUGGAGUGCUGACAGUAAAAGCAUGAUAUGGGACCACAACAUGGAUAUCGAAGGCAAGGAUUGCUCUCAUCAUGAAGUGGAGAAGUUUUCUGGCUGCACGGAGAGUGCUACAGAAGCUUCAAGUUAUCGCAGGGCCACACUUGAUCGACCUUUGGGAGAUGCAGCAAUAGCUGAAAAAGGUAAAACAAUGGAGACAAAGGAAUGGAAGGAUGAUAGUUCGUUUGCAAUGUCCAGCAGCACUCGUGGACAGAACUUCAAGUAUGAUGAAACUGCUAAAGGGUACUGCCCAUCAGAUGCAAUCACGAAGAUUGACAAGGACAAAGUUAAAGCUGCUUUGGAGAAGAGGCGGAAGCUCCGAAAUGACAUAGCUAAGAAAACUGACAUAAUGGAUGAAGAUGAUCUCAUUGAAAGGGAGCUUGAAAAUGGAAUUGAGUUGGUGGUCGAUGAUGAGAAAAUAAAGCAGGAUAGAAGACCUGCCUGGCUUAAACCCCCGAACAAGAAAGAACUUGAUAAUGAGCGUGCAGAGCAAGUUGGAAGCAAAGAUAUGAGGAAUUUUAGGUCCUCAGAACAACAAGCUUCACAGGAAAAGAUUAAGCUCAGAUCUAAUUCUGAAGAUAAAACUGACAUCGAUUAUGGUUUUGAACCAGACCAAGCAAAUGCAGAGGAAGGAGAAUUAUCAUCUCUUGAUGAGCAUGAAUGCCCCUCUCCAAAGGUGCGCAGUAGCAAUGGGAAAGUUACAAACACAAGAUACCCCUUGAGAGAGGUUUCUGUGACAGGAUGGUUGGAUGGUGUGAAAAGGAAACGAGAUGACUAUCAAGGUCCUCCAAAUCUGGUCAGUGAGAAAGAUAUGGGCAUGGGAAGACGCUCGGAGAGUGUGCAGCAUUAUGGAAAUUCCCACCCAUCACGAGAGGGAGCUGGAGCAGGAUGUUCAGAGUAUACAGAUAGGGAUCAUAAACGUUAUAAAUACUAGUCAUGGUUGAAAUAUAAUUGCUUGUUACUUGAAAAGCAGUACAUUGGAAACUAGUGCAUUGGAAACAGUUAUUACUAUGCGAUGUUGGGUUCCUCCAUGGACAGGUACUGUUUGGGACAGGUUUUAUCUGCAUCUACGAGGAAGGACUAAAUUGUAUGCUUUUGAUCUGCAGAUGGUGCUAAAGAAUUGUUACAGCAGCUUAGUUCAUAAGCCACAGAGAGAGAGAGAGAGAGAGCUCUGGCUUUGUUAAUUGAAAUCAGAUUCUCCUUGGAUGACAGCAUGUAUUCAUAGAAUGGCAUUAAAUGAGGAUCAAGGAGUGCAAACAUAUUUUUAUUUUUAUUACAUAAAGAGGUUAGGGACUAGGAGCUGCUUUCUGCUUAUCUAUUUUUUUUUGUUUUUUUGUUUUUGAGGGUAGGCUAUAUAUUGUAAUUUUGAGUUCUCUGAGAAAAGGAUAUAAAAGUUUA